AUGCGUACACUAAAGGAGUACUCUUCUCACCCAUCAUCACCACCACCACCACCACCACCGCCGUCAUAUUACUCCUACGCCUCACCACCACCACCACCACCAAAUCCACGUCACGAUUAUUCCUAUACUUCACCUCCUCCCCAUGGCCAUCAUCCUCCACAUUCCGGUCAUCACAAGCCUUCACCACCAUCAUGGCCACCUGUAACCGGCGUACCACCAACAUCACCACCCUCAUUGUCACCCCCACAACCAUCUCCACCCGGCGCAACUCCACCCUCAUUGUCGUCACCACCACAACCGUCUCCACCCGGUGAAUCACCACCUAGUCAAGGCGCGUCACCACCUUUACCCUCCGCCUCACCACCACAACCUCCUCAAGGCAUUCCUCCAUCAACACCACCAGGCGGCGGCGGUCAUGCAUCACCACCAUCUCACGGUGUUGUUGUUCCUCCAACACUCCCACCUCAACCACAUGGCGGCGGUGGAGUACCACCACAUGGUGGCGGCGGCGGCGGUGGUGGUGGAGUUCCACCAACGCCAAUAGGCUAUUCUUCACCGCCAUCAGGUGGUGACAUUGUAGUGUCCCCACCCAACUACUCACCACCACCACCAGGGCGUCAUACUAACCACACGGCGGUAAUAGUGGGUGCAUCUCUAGGUGGUUUUUUCUUCCUAGCGUUUAUGGCCAUUUGCCUCUUUUGUGUUGCCAAAAGAAGGAAGAAGGCCAUACUGGUUCCUCCACCUGUAGCAUGUGAAGAAACUACGCCUACGGCUUAUGGUGGUGGUGGUGGUGGUGCCGCCGCAGGUGGAGGCGCGGGCCACGGAAGCUACUAA